AUGUUGACAUUGGUGGAGCCCAUCGGAGCAUCACAGGCCUGGAGGAGAAGAAGCGGGGAACAAGUACAGGGAAGCAGCUGCAAAUGCACCUGCGUGCCCCUCCUGUGCCCGACGGACGAGGACCGCUUAAAGGUGGAAGAGGUCAGUGGUGCCGACUACAUCCAUGAGAAGAGGGUGGUCAAGGCCAGAAUCAGGAAGGACACGAGAACUAAAGCCGCGCUGAGAAGAUUAGGCGGAUUCAUUGUCGGCAUUUUCCUUACCACCGUCUAUGCGCUGAUUGUCCUCUUUAUUAAAAAUUACAACCUAUGGUUUUGCCUGACGACUACCGUCACCUUGGGAUUGUUCCUGAGCCUCGGCAUGGCCUUUUCCCUAAGAGUCCGAAUCACCGUGCUUCUUAUGCUGCCACAGAUAUUCUCAGGGCAAGCAAAGACCAUGUUCCUCCUGAUAGCAUUCACCUUGGUCGUGCAAGGGCCGACUGCAAACAUAAUGGAGAACAUCCAACGCUCGUCUAAGUCCAUGGCGUGUGGCGCCCAGCUGGCUCUAAACAAGACCAAGGAGCUGACAUCGAAGAUCACAAAGCCACUGAUGGCCGCUGUGGACGCUUUACAGAAGAUUGGAAAGAAGCUGCGCCCAGCCUCGAAUCGCAGCAACAAAUUCUUCCACAAUCUUUAUGACAACAUUAAACAUGCCGAGAAGGUCCUCCGUAACAUGUGGGCGUUCAUCACUAACAUUGGAGAUACCUGUAACGAGGAGCUGGAGCAACCAUAUAUAAAGUGCAACAAGCUCUUCGAUGAAGCCAAGAACAGCUGCUUCAAAGUCAUGUCCUUCAUGGGAUUCCUGUGUUUCAUCCUGGAUGUUUUCCGGCCUCUGUGCGGUCUGGCAAGAACUCUCCUGUCUGUUGUGAGGAACUUGAAGGACCAGUUUGACUUCAACAUAUCUGUGGUCCAUGAUUUUAACAUGCAGAUGAACGCCAGCCGCAAUUACUAUCAGGUGGCCUCUGCCAUCAUGAAGGAAGUGAAAGAAAACAUGGAAACUUAUAUGGAGAUGCUGAGCAUGUUCAGCUAUUCUAUGGUCAUCGUCUGCGUCCUCACCUACAUCCAGGCUCUUCGCUAUCGCAGGCGAUACCUGACUGACCUUAACCACGACAACAUCUACAUCAGUCGUGAAUUCAUUGAGUUAGAUGUGAUGAGAGUCAAACAAAAUCGCAAUGCUCUCCUCCCGCUGUCCUCAAGUGAAGGUUACGAAUUCAUCCGACCUGGCUCGUUAACGCUGACGAAACGCGAGAAGAAAGGAUACGUCUUCGAGAUCAUCAAUGUCUUCCGGAGCCUCCUUGUUGCAAUGCUCAUGGUGGUCUUGGAUUAUGUCUUUUACUGGGUACUGGAUCUUGUGUCCCAUCUGAUGAGAGGAGAAGUAGUGGCUCGUUCUCCUCUGGUAUUCUCCAUCCUUGUGAACGGGACAGGAGAGAUUAAUGAGAUCUACAAGACCAUAGUCUCUGCAUUUGAUGUAAUCCAGAAUUCGAACAUCACCAUCCAGACCACAAAAUGCCAAGUCCAGCCUUCAGAACCAGACUACCUAGUAUAUCUUCUAAUCGGGUUCCUGCACGGACUUACAUUUUUUAUCGCCAUCUUUGGGAUUUAUAUGCAGAGGCUGAAACGUUACAUAUGUGCCUAUUAUUAUCCAACCCGUGAGCAGAUGAGGAUCUGUUUCCUCUACAAUAAGUUGCUGACCAAGCGCAUGUAUGUGGAGAAGUCCCUGCUCCAGAGCUUAAGGACGAACGAAGCGGACAAGGGCCACACCAACAUCCUCCUUAUACUCGCUGCAAAGUGCCCUUGUUUAUUUGGCUGGUUAGCGAACUUUCUGGGAGCCUAUGAACAAUACUGCAUAGCAUGUGCCCAGAUCUGUGCCGGGAAAGACAGUGAGGAGUACAGCUCCUGCAGCACUUUUGGUUGCAGAGCCAUUUACUGCCGAGAUUGCUCCAGGAUACUGAAUAAUGUCUGCAUCCUCUGCAUGGCACCUCUAGUGUGCGUUGAAGCCGAAGACGAGGAAGUAGAUUCCAGUGACGAUGAGAAAGUCACUUUAAUGAUGGAAGCAAUGAAAUCCAUGAAAAAAGAGGAGAAAACCAAAAGAAAAAAACUGAAGAAAGCUGUUAAACAUCGAUUAAAAGAAGCCAUCAAGAGGCGUCAGAGCGACCGACUCGUCAAGAAGUAUAAGGAGUCGAUGGCGUCCAGUGACUCUGGAGAGAGCGAUGUGGACGCCGGAGACGACUCUGGGGAAAGUGACUUUGAAUAUCAAAAGUCAAAGGCUGAUGAUUCUUUCGACACCACCGACUGGGGAUCACCAUCUAAGACCAGUCUACUGGACGCUCAGCCGAUUCCUCUAACCAACAUCCAAAAGAAGACGACCAGAGAGGACAAAAGGAGCAGGAAGGAGCGAGAUAUGGAGAAGAGUCCUGAUUGUGAUUAA